GUACCCGGGGCACCCCUGCUCGGACAACCUCCGGCUCGUCUGGUGGGGGAGAGCCACAAAAGUUACUUAGACAAGUUCAGCUCUAUGAUUCGGACAGUUGGUUCGUCGUAACCAUCUCGUAUCGUCCAUCUCUUAGAAAUCAAGCGUAGAUAUUAUGGCGGAUAAAGAAAAGAAGAAGAAGACCAAGAAGAAGGAGGAGGCGGCUCCUGCACCCGAGCCUGAGCCAGCACCAGCUGAGGAAAAGGCGCCAACCCCUACGGGAACACCAAAGGAAUCUGGCUCUGCUAGAGCAAGCAGCCGCGGUAGUCGCAAGGCUAAGCGUAGCGGGUCCAGCGUCUUCUCCAUGUUCUCUCAGAAACAGGUGGCCGAGUUUAAGGAGGCAUUCCAGCUAAUGGACGCGGAUAAGGAUGGUAUCAUCGGCAAAAAUGAUCUUCGCGCGGCCUUCGACUCUGUUGGCCGACUCGCAACCGAUAAAGAGAUCGAUGAAAUGCUCAACGAAGCUCCUGCGCCCAUCAACUUUACUCAAUUGUUGAACUUGUUCGCUGUCCGUAUGUCAGGAUCAGGUGCCGAUGAGGAUGAUGUUGUAAUCAAUGCCUUUAAAACAUUCGACGAAAACGGCAAAAUUGAUGGAGAAAGAUUAAGGCACGCUUUAAUGACAUGGGGCGACAAAUUUACGCCUAAAGAAGUCGAUGAUGCGUUCGAUCAGAUGUACAUCGACGAUAAAGGUUUCAUUGAUACCGCGAGUUUAAUCGCCAUGUUGACCGGUACAGGCGAGGAAGAAGAAGAAUAAGAUCGACUGGAGUUAUAUGUCGUCGAGAUGGAAACGUUCCUCGAUUUAUGAAGCCUCGUAUUAACGUCAGAUUCGCACAAUUCUACUCAAAACAGAACACAUAUCUUAUAUUUGGAAAUUCCCCAUCUCUCUUUUUUCCUCUUUUGGAAAUGUUUAAUUUAAUUAAUGACAAAAGUAUGACGAGGACAAAACAGUUACCGAAUUGUUCGGUAACUGUUAACUUAAACGGAUCAAAGACUGUCUCUCUUUCUUUCUUUCAGUAUCUCUGUUUAAAUCAUUUCGUCCUUUUUUUCGUUUCUCUUCCUAUUUUUUCUCGCUCUCGCUAACUUUUAUUUUCUUUUCUAUCUCUUUUUAAUUCUGCUUUUUUCUCUCUCUCUUUCUCUCUGAUUAUCUAUCUGUAUUUCUCUCUUACUAUCUAUCUUUCUUUGUCACUUUUUUCCUCUUUUCAUUUUUCUUUCACUCUUUUCUUUUCCUUCUCUCUUUUCUCAUCUCUCCCUUCUUGGUCUUGUAAACGUUGCUAAUAUUAGAAAAAAAAAACAACAAAUCCAAGAUGUGCAGUCGAUUUUGACACAUUUCUUCUGGAUACAAGCACGUCUGUCGAUAAACGAAGCUUCAUCAUGUCAUUUUAUCGUUUACAUAAUAAAAAUAUAUAAAUAAAGUUCUACGAAAUUCUCUAAUUUCGAUCUGCUAUUCUGUCGACAGAAUUAGCUUAGAGACUCUGAGAGACAAUUCGUAAGACACAAACAUUAAAUCUCGUAUUGAUUCACUCAAAUAGAGAAAUACAUUGUCAUAUAUAAUUGCUGCUCCCCAUUUUUUUAUUAUAAAUAUAUCUCAGAUGUUACGUUCUACAUAUGAAACAAUAUCAGAAAAAUACAUUGAAUGUAUUAUUAAUGUAACACGGUAUAUAAUAAAGGAAUCAUUAGUGGCGAGAA